AUGCGGCUCUGUGAGCCUGUGCCGCCUUCCGCAGGAAAAGCCAUAAAGGUAGUCAGUGGCGACAACAUUGUCAUGAUCUACAUGGAAUUGAUCGGAAUGUGGUUCACCGAUCGCGCGCCAAAUGAUGCCAAUAUCAAUGUUGCGGCUUUGGUUGCCAAAUGCAUUAGAGGUGUCGCCACGACGACGCUUGAAGCAAUAGGCGACGAUAUUCUUGCUGCACUCGAAAAGCCGAAUCCAAACAUCAAAACACAGACCGAUUUUUUCUUGUACAGGGUCUUCAAAUUACUUAACGCUCAAACAAUGCCGAAAAAGACUCUCAAAUCCACUGCGUCGGAGCAGAUCAAGCAUACAGCCGAUUCAGAUGCUAAGGUUCGCGAUGCUUCUUAUGCUACCCUAGGUUUGACUAGGCGCGCUAUUGGGGAGAAGCCUUGCGUGCCAAUUCUUGAAGACAUCCUAGACGACAAGCUAAAAAUGGGGAAGAUAAAAGUGUUCUAA